AAACUUUUUAAACAGAAGUGUUUCUUUUUAAUGUUCUAAGCCUUACUUCCAGCAAGUCAGAAUUUCCACUUAAAAAUGGUAGGUAUUAAUGUGUGAAAUAUUUAGCAUACUGUAAAAGUAUUUUACUUUAAAGGUCAAGUAUGAUUGUUAUUUUGAUGCUCUUUUAUUAAAUAGUUAAUAAUUUGCAUUUUCCUCUCAGUUUUACUUAUAUAUUUAAAACACAUUGUUAAACUACCAAUUUUCGAUAUACAAACAAACGUUGUUUUCUUUGGUUUUGUUGAGAUUAUUUUUAACUUUGAUUUGAUAUUAUUAAGUUGUUCAUUUAUUUUUCUAGCCCCAAAAUGAAUAUAUUGAGCUUCAUACCAAACGUCAUGGAAGGAGACUUGAUUAUGAAGAAAGAAAGUAAGUUUGCUAUACUAUUAACUAUUGUUAAUAAUUGUUUUGUAGGCUAUUUUUAGUAUUAGUAUUAGUAGGACUACACUUUAAUUCAUUAAUCAUUAAAUGUAAAAGGUUGAUAUUUGAUUUUAAAUUUAUUUUUAGAAUUUAGGCUAUUUAAUAGUCCUUGUCCUAGGCCUAUUUUAUUUAGGCCAUUUCCAUUAUUAUGGCUAUCAAUAAGAAUAAGUAUAAGUUAUAAGGUAGUUAUAAUGUUACCGGAGUCCUGGCCAUGAAAAAAAAUUCUCUGGCCUGCAUUUUUUUUGUACUGCAUAUCGCCGCAUAUCAAUUUUAAAAUUAACAAGCUGGCUGUGUGAUAUUAUACUUAUCAUGGUAGUUAUCUGAAAAUACCAACUUUCAAAAGGUUGAGUUUACCCUAGCCCUAGCGAUAAAUAAAUGCAUCAAAUUCAUGGACCUAUGUGGCAUUAAAAGAUAGGGCUGCCAAUGGGGACCUGAGUGCCUGUCCAAGCAAUUAAGUUGGUUCCCAAAUUUAAGACCUUUUUUACAGUCUAAUGGUAAUUUUUUUUUAAACCUCUACUACCAUUGGCGCAGGCUCUCGACUCCCCAGAUUCCCACGAGCAUUUGCCUACUAUUUUGGGUGGCAAUUUGUCAAGUAUGGCACUCGUUUUGUGUGUCUAGAAACUUAAUGCCAUACAUUGGUCUGCUAAAAAAUUUUCUCACAAGAAUGACAAUUUUUUUUUUUAAUAAGAAAUAUUCCUCUCUUUAUCCCCUUUUGUAAAAAUUUUAUGAGAGUUAAAAGCUCAUUAGGUCUUUCAAAGCUCAUACGCUCCAAUAUGCUAAGUUUACUAGAAGCAGGUUUAGAUGAUGAAACAAUUAAACAGGUCAAUGUAGAAUUUAUUGAAAUAAAUGUAGAGAGUAAUGAUAAUCUGAUAUUUGAAGAUACCGGGUAUAUCCCAAAAUGACUUAAAAAAUCAAUACUGCUACCUUGAUAGAUAAUAAAUAAAUUAAUAAUCAUACCAGCUUGCGGCGAUGACCUUGUCACCUUCCUCGGAUAUUUGGGAAUUGGCUACAUGGUUCGAUGGUUCAGGUGUUAAUAAAAAAAAUGUUGACAGCUCUAUUAAAGAAGCAAAGUGUUUGAAAAGAACUAACAAUGAUGAAAUGCUAAACUUUUUAAACCAAAAAAAAUAAGAAAGAAAGAAACAUGACAUGUUAUCUCCAAGCUUUUAUUUUUUCCAAAUGUACAGUUUUCUAUUUAAAAAGUCAUUAAAAUUAAAGUCAUUAUGCUGAAUGAUAUUUUACAUAUAACAUAAUUAUUUAAGUAAUUAUGAAAGGUUGAUGGUUGUUAAAUUAAACAUUAGAUAGUGUCUAUAACUUGGUUGUAAAUAAUGUGGGAAUCAAUGUAAGUGUAUGGCUGCCUAUAUUUAUUUAUUAAUAAGUAUAUAUACAUCAUAAACGCAUAUAAAGUUUCUAUAAAUUACAAAAAUAACUUUACAAUUUUCAUUCACCAUCAGGAGAAAGAAAGAAGGCCGUCUUCCUCAUGAAAUGGCAGAGAAAGCAAAGAAGCUGAGAGGUAUCAAAGCUAAAAUAUACAACAAGAAGAGACAUUCAGAAAAAAUUCAGAUGAAAAAGACGUAAGUAUUUUAUUUCUUAUAUCCAUUUUUUUAUAUUAAAAUUUUAACAUUCUAAAAGUUACAGUAUAUUAUCAUGUAUAACCCAAUCCACAUAUGAUGCAAACCCCUAAUGUUUUUUUUUAAAAAUUGUAUACCUUCUUUCUAUCUAGCAUUAAGAUGCAUGAAGAGAGGAAGACUAAGCAAAAGGCCUCAGACACUGAUUCUAAAUAUGGAAACCCAACAUAUUUGUUAGAGCGUGAGAAUCAGAUCAGAGCCAAAAUUCUCUCAAAUACUAUAAAGCAGAAACGUAAAGAAAAGGCUGUAAGUUUUUUUAUUGCUUUAUUAUUAAAUAAUUGAAUCUUCUCAGGGUAAAUGCAGUGGCGUAGCUAGGGAUUUUGGGGCCCGGGGGCUUGGCCUCUUUAGGGUCCCUGCAUUUUGACAUUCAACAUUAUUUAAUGUAAAAAAAAAAUUUUUUAGACACGCCUUUGGGGGCCCCCCUCAAGUAGGGGCCCGGUGGGACUUUUGAAUUUGGACCCCCCCCCCCCAGGUACGCCACGGCGUAAAUGCUUCCAUUAACUACUCGGGCAAGUAAUUCUUUAAAGAUUUAAGAACUGUACUAAACAUUAUUUUAAGUAAAAAAAAAAUUUUUUAGGCGCGGCUUUGGGGGCCCCCCUCAAGGAGGGGCCCGGUGGGGCUUUUGAAUUUGGCCCCCCCCCCCCCCAGGUACGCCACUGCGUAAAUGCUUCCAUUAAAUACUCGGGCAAGUAAUUCAUUAAAGAUUUAAGAACUGUACUAAACCCAGCUCUUAACCAUCUGUGAUGAACUAGGAAAACUUUAAGUUUAAGGCUAGUGUAGUUCAAAAUGACAUAAAGGUAAAGAGAGGAAUGUGUGUACAAGGGUAAUGUUGGUGAUUCCAGGGUCUUGCCAACUGUGGAAAUGACAAACAGUUUUUACAAACAUUGGCUGUCAUUUAAUUAUUUGUUUAAAUUUAAAAGAUUGUUUCAUUAACCUUUUUCUCCAGGGAAAAUGGGAUGUGCCAAUUCCAAAAGUAAAGGGUGUAUCAGAGGCUGAAGUUUUUAAAGUUGUAAAAACAGGAAAAACAAAGAGUAAGUAACACUGUACAGUACCAAUUGUCACAGAUUUUCAACUUAUAACAUUUCAAACUGCUCUAUAAUUUUCAUUAUUAUAAUCAGUACUACUUUAUCUAACACAAAGAAAGCUAACACAUCUGCACAGCUUUGUGUCUAGAUUUUAAUGGGUAGUUACAAACAAGACAACAUUGCUUCUGAUAUCUGAGUACAAUAAACACAGAUUUUGUACAAUGAUAACAAAAGGGAAGUAACUGUGACAAUACCAUGAUACUAUAACAUUCAUCACUUGUCCAAAUAUUAUCUUUCACAUUAUCGUACAAAAAAAGGGUUAAUCUUGAAAAAUAAUUUAAUUUUACAAUUUUUUCCAGGAAAAGCAUGGAAGCGAAUGGUCACUAAGGUCACAUUUGUUGGUGAUGGCUUUACAAGAAAACCAGUGAAAUUUGAACGAUUUAUUAGACCUAUGGUAAGGAUAAUAAGGAAUGCUAAUUUUCUUAUUACAGGUUUGGCUGUUAGAUUUUAUUUUAUAGGGUCUUGAAAUAUUGCCAACAAAUUCACUUUCACGCAAAUGAAGCUUUUAAUAAAAAUCAUGGCACUCAAAAUACUUCUAAAUUUUUAUUGGGAUGUUAAAGUAUUGUCAUAAUAAUAAGCUCAGCUUUUUUUUUUUUAAUGUCUUUUGGAUAUUAUUCUUUUGCAUAGAAAGCUUUUUAUUUAAGUCGUGGUACAAGCUAUUAUUAGAAUUCUUGACUAAUUAUUAUUAUAAUAUGUUUUCUAUUAUAAAUGAAUUUUCUAGGGACUCAGGUUUAAAAAAGCAAACGUUACACACCCAGAGCUGAAAGCUUCAUUCUUUUUGCCUAUCCUUGGUGUAAAGAAAAACCCAAGUUCAGCAAUGUACACAAGUUUAGGUGUGAUCACAAAAGGAACAAUUAUUGAGGUAAGUGAAAUGUUUGGGGAAAGUCACCAUCACUAUAUUGUUCAUAUGCUAACCAAACAAUAUUGAUAAUAUGAUUAACUUAAUUCUCUACCUUAUUGUUUUAGUUCCCGGUAAAAAAAUUUACAGUACAUUAACAUGUAUAACCCAAUUCACAUAUGAUGCGCACCCCUAAAUUUUUGUUUCAAAAAAAUAAUUGUACCAUGUUUAAUUUUGUAGGUUAAUAUUAGUGAAUUGGGUCUUGUCACACAUGCUGGAAAAGUAGUUUGGGGUAUGUAUUGUGAAACAUAGUUCUAAAUAAAAUAAAUUGGUACUGAAUAAUGUAUUUUUUUUACUGUUUUAUUAAAAACUUAAAACUUAAAUCACUUCAAAUUUAAGUUUAUGGAAAUAGUUUCCAAAACUUGGUCUAUUAUUUAAUGAUCCAUUACCUUAUAUAUAAAUUAUACAUUAAGUCCAUACAAAUAUGUCUUAAGUAUUUCCUCAUAUUAAAUUACUUAGUUGAUGGAUUCACAGAUUUAUGCAUUAAGAAAAAAUGAAUUUCUUUUUGCCUUUUAACUUUAAUAAAGUCAUAGAACACCCUUAUUAACUUUUAGAAUUACUGUACUUUAUUGUGUUUCAUCUAAUUAAAAAGAGGUAUUAUAUUUUUUCUUGAAGCUUUACUAAUAUUGCAUUUUAAAAUGUUUGGUACUGAUAUAUUACUUCUUAAAUAAAUUUGAUGUAUAUACUUAUAUUUUUUGCAGGUAAAUAUGCUCAAGUUACAAACAAUCCUGAAAAUGAUGGCUGUAUCAAUGCAGUUCUUCUUGUUUGAUUGUAAUUGAUUCUUGAAAGUGGAAUGCAAAAUAAAAUAUUUCACAAAAUGUCACACUUCUUUUGCUUUUUGUUUUGUUGUUGCUAUAUACUGG